AUGGCUAAUCUCCCCGUUCUUCUCAAAAGAUAUCUCGUCAAAGUUGCCGGCAAAGAGACAUUCCACAUGCGCGUCCGAGCUCACCCUUACCAUGUAAUCCGAAUCAACAAGAUGUUAAGCGUUGCUGGUGCGGAUCGUUUACAAACGGGAAUGCGAGGCGCAUUCGGAAAGCCAGCUGGCAAGGUGGUUCGAGUAACCGUGGGCCAGAUUCUGCUUUCCGUGCGAACAGUCGAUCGCCAUCGAGUGACUGCAGUGGAGGCGCUGCGUCGCUCUAUGUAUAAGUUCCCUGGUCGGCAAAAAGUGGUUGUUAGCAAGAUGUGGGGCUUCACUUCUUUACCACGAGCUGAGUAUUUGCGGUUGAAGGAAGAAGGCUUGUUGCGGAAUGAUGGUUCAUAUGUCCAGUUCUGUCGGCGGAAGGGAGAGGUGAAAGAGAACAUGAAGAAUUUCCCACAGGCAUACAGUCCCCCUGUGGAGAUGCGUAUAUGA